AGUGGUUACGACCAAACUAAUUCUUAUAAUUGAAGGGUUAACAUGAAAACUAAGUAGGUUGGGCCUAAUUAAUAAAAAAUAUCACGAAAGGGGUUAAGGAAAAUAAGAAUUAUCAACUCAUGUUCAGUUACCUUGACCAAAUUAACUGAUAACAAAUGGACAAAUACGACUGGCGUUCGCACAUAAAAAUCAACAUUUUGGUGUUGCGUUUCCUGGGCUUGUGGCCCAAAAACACCUAUCACGGAUUUUACAUUUUUCACUUGAUUUUCAUGAUGGGUACGUUUCUUUUAGGCCAUUUAUUUUUCCAAGCCGCAAAUAUUUAUUUCAUUCGAACGAAUCUCGAAGCAGUGACUGGGACCAUUUAUGUGCUUCUUGUUGAAUCACUUGUGGUGUUUAAAGUUUACCAUUUGGUCAAAAACAUGGCAAUGUUUAAACAACUGUUGGAAAUUUUGGAUACAGAAAUGUUUCAACCGAAGAAUAAGAAACAAAUUGUGGCAAUUGACGAGACAAUUCAUGUCUGGAAAACAAUUUACAAGUCGUUUCUUUACACUUGUUUUGGUACAAAUGCCUUUUGGGCCAUUUAUCCACUUUUGGAUAAAUCUGAAGGCGGGAAACGACUUCCCUUCCUGGCUUGGUAUCCUUACAAUACGACCAUAACACCACUUUAUGAAAUCACCUACGUUUAUCAGAUCGUGAGCGUUAGUUUUAUCACAACAGUUCACGUAAAUGUUGACGUUUUGGUGGCUGCCUUAAAUAUUUUUAACGGAAGCCAGUUUGAAAUACUUUGCGAUAAUUUAAAAAACCUUCACAAUGGACCUGUUAAGGAGAAUUUAAUCGAAUGUAUCAAGCAUCACAAAGAAAUUCUAAAAUUUGCAGAACGUUGUAAUAAUUUUCUAAAUUGGAUUUUGCUGGUCCAGUUUUUUAUUUUCGCAGUCUCGAUUGGAAUCACCAUGUUUCAGCUAACUUUAGUCAUCCCAUUUUCGACCGAAUUUUACUCGCUUCUGACUUAUGGGAUGGCAAUAAUAUUGCAAAUUUACAUGUACUGUUGGUUCGGAAAUGAAGUAGAAAUAAAAAGCAAUAAAAUUCCAUACGCCGCUUUUGAGUGUAAUUGGGUGGAUUUUUCGCCGGAAGUUAAGAAAAAUUUGAUUUUCUUCAUAAUGAGGGCCCAGAAGCCAGUUAAAUUAUCAGCUUUGAAUUUGUUUUAUCUUACACUGGACACUUUCAUGAUGAUUAUUAAAACUUCGUGGUCUUACUUUGCUCUUCUGCACCAAGUUAGUUCUAGGAAAUAAACAUUGCUCAUCAGAGAAAGAAAAAUAAAUUAAAAGAUGACGAAGAUUAAGGUUAUUUGAGAGUUAUGUAAAUACUGCACAAAAAUUUAGCAAAUAUAUAUUA